GAGUUGUGUCAGCAGCGGCGCUCAGCGCAGAACCGAGUUCGCUUUUUUUGGAAAAUGCGGAGACAUCUCUGGAAUUUCGCCUGAUUUCCUGUCUCUCCGUGGUCUGACUCUUUCAGAACAAAACUCUUUCAAAACACCAGUGCUUAUGACGGCGUAGAGGCCAGACCUGCUAGUCUGCACUUGAGGCUCCCUGGGUGAAGAUGAGCCUGCAUGGUGCCAGUGGAGGCUGUGACCGCUCGCGAGAUCGCCGGCGGUCGAGUGACCGUUCACGAGAUUCCUCUCAUGAGCGAGGGGAAGGCCAGCUCACGCCUUGUAUCCGAAACGUCACCUCACCUACACGCCAGCACACUAGUGAACGGGAGGGUGGCUCGUCGCGGCCCAGCAGCCCCAGGCCUCAGAGAGUCUCUCCCAAUGGCUCCAGCAGCAGCAGCGGGGUGGUCAGCAGUCGCAACAGCAGCCUGUCCAGUUCAGAGGGCACCUUGAAGAGCUCAGGCGUGGGCGAGAUGGUCUUCAUUUAUGAAAACGUCAAGGAGGGAGCUCGUAGCAUCCGGACCUCAGAGAGGGUCACACUCAUCGUGGACAACACACGCUUUGUAGUAGACCCCUCCAUUUUUACCGCACAGCCCAACACAAUGCUGGGCAGAAUGUUUGGUUCUGGAAGAGAACACAAUUUUACACGCCCCAAUGAGAAAGGAGAGUAUGAGGUGGCAGAGGGCAUCAGUUCCACUGUGUUUAGGGCUAUUCUGGAUUACUAUAAAUCUGGGAUAAUCCGCUGCCCUGAUGGAAUCUCCAUUCCUGAGCUGAGGGAAGCAUGUGACUAUCUGUGUAUCUCCUUCGACUACAGCACGAUCAAAUGCAGGGACCUGAGUGCCCUGAUGCACGAGCUGUCAAAUGAUGGCGCACGACGGCAGUUUGAGUUCUACCUGGAGGAGAUGGUGUUGCCUCUGAUGGUGGCCAGUGCGCAGAGUGGAGAGAGGGAAUGCCACAUCGUUGUGCUCACUGAUGACGAUGUGGUGGACUGGGAUGAGGAGUACCCACCCCAGAUGGGAGAAGAGUAUUCACAGAUAAUAUACAGUACAAAACUCUACCGUUUCUUCAAGUACAUUGAAAACCGAGAUGUUGCCAAAUCAGUUUUAAAAGAACGAGGACUAAAGAAGAUCAGACUAGGCAUUGAAGGUUAUCCUACAUACAAAGAGAAAGUGAAGAAGCGCCCAGGCGGCAGGCCGGAGGUCAUCUACAACUACGUCCAGAGACCCUUCAUCCGCAUGUCCUGGGAGAAGGAGGAGGGAAAGAGCCGGCACGUGGACUUCCAGUGCGUCAAGAGCAAGUCCAUCACCAACCUCGCAGCAGCGGCGGCGGACAUUCCGCAGGACCAGCUGGUGGUCAUGCAUCCUGGCCCCCAGGUGGAUGAACUGGACAUUCUACCAAACCACCCUCCCCCAGGCCAUCACUACAGCAACAACUACAACAACGAGCCUGACCCUGAUGCUGCCUCACCUGCACUCUGAAAGCAGACUCUUCCCUUCCUUCUCUCCUCCCGCCACCCCCCCGCUCCCCCUCCACAGCAUGCUGCAGCAUGGAGCGAGAGUGACACCAUAACCAGAUUGCCUUCUGCACCUCCUUCGCAGCCUUAGAGCCUCAACUAUCUAGUCUACUGUACAAUGAAUAUAAAGGAAAAAAAAAGAGGGGGGGGGGGGGAUACCCAUGAGGAACUCGGGAUACUGGCAUGGGCAGUGCUCUCCUGGUUUUCUCUUCUUUUUUUAAAAAAACUUGACCAAAGGAAAUUUAUUUUUUGUUAGCGGUUUGAAAUGAAAUUAGCAACCUCACUUAUUUUGUAAUUGGGCCUAUUAUUAUUGUUAUUGUUAUUAUAAUUACUAUUGUUAAAUUUCCAUUUCCAUGAUAUUAUCACUAUAUGGUUUAUUAUAAGAUUUUAUUUUAUUUGAAAAGUUUGGGAUGUAUCCUGGGUGGUGCCACUGUGUUAUAAUUAUUUUUAUUUGUAUUAUUUUUUUAUUUUGGAAAGCUCUCCCACAAUCCCUGUUUGAGAAGUUCCCCUCCAAGCUCCUUUGCAGCGCACAGCCAAAGGAGUUCUUUUUGCCUGGCAAAUGAAUGCAGUGUUACUUUCUGUUUUCUCCAUGGCAGGACAUACACUCAUGUGGUCAGGAUCCCUCUGUUCAGAGCUUGAGAAUCAUUGUAUAAAUAAAGUUGUAAAACACAGA